CUCACCCAAGGGCAGGUGGAGAAAUAGCCCCGAUUCGGGCUCCUGGAGUUUGGGGAGUUACGCACAGGAAUCUCCCAAGUGGUGUCCGCUUCCUUUAGCUGCACGCGUCUGGCUUCCCUUGUUUUUAAUCCCCCCUUGGGUUCCCGCCACUUCCCGCCAUGUAUGACAGGGCUCCUCGCUUGCUCAGGUCGACCGAAGGUGGCAGCACUGGGGCCCAUGUGGGCCCGGGAUCCUACGAGGUCCCUUUCCUGAAGCAGCAGGGCACAGGUGGCUAUGCACCAUUUCUUUCUUCAGCUGCCAGAGAGAGUGCUUUUCCUGUUGCCCUUAGCACUGAGAAAGAUGGUCCAGGUCCAGGACACUAUAAUGUUUCAGAAGCACAGUGUAUAAUAGGAGGCCAUAGUUUGCAAAACCGAGAGGAACGUUUUAAGAAGUUUAUUUCCGAUAAUCCAGGACCAGCCAGCUAUGAUCAUUGUUUUCCUGAAACACUAUGCAGAAAAGUACUGGAGGCUAAAGAACAUCUACAGUCAAAAAUUUCAAGAGCACGGACAUUUACCAAAGCUUUGGAUGUUCCUUCAAUUCCUUCUUGUGGACAAUCCUAUGGUUAUCACAUUAAUGAGGAUGAUAGUAUUAGAAAAUGUGUUCCACCUGCUAGUGAUGACACACUGGGUCCAGCAUAUUAUAAACCUCUGUUUGAUGUUUCUGAUGCGACUUUGAAAUACAAGGGUGUACAUUUUGGCAACUCUUCAGGAAGACGAGAGUUGCCUACAAAGUCUGGCCCUGGUCCCGGACAGUAUGAUAUAGUCCAGGAAAAGACCUUAUACUGUGAAAAUAUUAACAUCAAGAAAGAUAAACAACAAAAUUAUUGCUCAUCUGUCCCACGGUUUUAUGAAGUAAUAACAUUACAAGAAGAAAAAAAGGGAGUACCGGGACCUGGAAAAUAUGAUAUUAAAAGUCAGUUCCAGAAGACUAAAAGUACAAAGCCUUGUGUGAACACUGCAUGCCCUGCUUUUCUUUCUCAAUCCCAGAGAUUUAUACCUGUGAAGUCUGUCACCCCAGCUCCUGGGACAUAUCAUGAACCUCAGAUUGCUCUUAAUUCCUCAAUUAAAACAUCAAGACUGAAGAAAUCCUCAUUUGGUAAAAAUACUGCUCGAUUCACACAGGGCUCCAAAGCAGAGGAAAGUCCAGGUCCUGGAUUUUAUAAUAUGCUAAACAAUACUAUACUUGCUAAUAGAAAAACAUGCUUGAAGCAACCAAAGGAAAGUGCAUUUGGUUCUUCUGCUCCUCGGACUUUCUUCUUGGUUCAGAAAGAAGCUUAUACUACUCCUGGUCCUCCUGAUUAUCAGACAUCAGAAGUUGGUGGAAUAUCUGAAAAAUUAUGUGACCUGGCCAACUGGUGUGCUCCCUUCUUGUCAAGAUCAGAAAGAACUUUUAAAAUACCAGAUAUGGUGAUUCCAGCACCUGGCAGCUAUGAUGUUCAAAAAUCCUAUGAGAUGUCCCAAGUGAAACAUAAAUACAUGCCACCUCGAAGUCUCAUGGCUGAAAGAAGGCAUGCUUGCUUUCUUAGUGCAGCUCCCCGGUGCAGAGUAAAAGUGGCUGAGGGACCAGGGCCUGCAUCAUACAAUCCUGUUUUAAAGAAAUCAUGUCCUAAAGCCUUCUUUGUGAAAGCAUCAAAAUGUUCUGAAUAUCCGAAAGAGACUACUCCUGGCCCUGCAACAUAUGAGCUCAGUCCAUUUUUAAGACAUUCUGUUCUGAAGAAAACUUUUAAUGUCACUCUACUAUGUCCUUCUAAUAUGAAGAAGGAACAUAUUCUGACUACAGAAGCAGAACACAAAAAGAAAAGUCGUCGGAGGUUAAAAUAGAAUCUUCAAAAUGAUGUAUUCCAAAUGUAAUAUCUGUUAACAUAAAGGUAAAAUGACAGUUCUUUCAAAAAGAAAUACUUCCAUUUUGAUGAAGUCUUCCAGCAGGUACUCAAGGGAACAUAAUUACUCUGCUAAGCUCUAGAGAUAGGAAAAUGCACUUAA